AUGUCUUCCUGUGAUUUGUUAUUAUGGAAAAAUCCAUUGGAAACUGGUAAGGUUUUCGGCGGCCUUGUUGUCGCUUUACUAAUUUUAAAGAAGGUUAAUUUGGUAACUUUUUUCUUAAGAGUGCUUUAUACUACUCUUUUUGCAUCUUCAACUAUUGAAUUCGUCUCAAAAGUAGUUUUGGGUCAAGGUUUGGUAACUAAGUAUGGUGUGAAGGAAUGUCCAAACCUUCCUGGGAUGUUGAGACCCAAAAUGGAAGAAUUCUUAAAACAAUUACCAUACUAUCAAUCGCAAAUGCGCCAGUUAUUGUUUGCUGCAUCCCCUCAACAUUCCUUUAAGGCGGCUGGUGUUUUGUACAUUUUACACAAGUUAAUUUCUACUGUUCGUUUGUGGCCAUUGUUGAUGAUUGGUGUUGUUUCUACAUUUUCAUUGCCUCUCGUUUACAAGACAUAUCAAAGGGAGAUCGACAGUGCGGUUGAACAUGGAGUUAAAACAGCAAAGACUAAAUCAGCAGAAUUUCAGCAAAUUGCCUCUGAAAAAGCAUCACCAUAUGUGAAACAAGUAGAGGAGAAGUUGGGACCAAUUUCACAAUACCUCUCUCCUAAGUCCCCUUCAAGCUCUAAUGCUGCUUCAGCAGUGCCAUUAUCAACUGCUUCAUCUAGAGUGUCUGAGCCAUCUUAUGGAUCAGCUUCUGGAUCCUCAUUCCCAAAGGUUCCUAGUGCUGAACUUUCUCCUGGUGCCACCAAAGAAGAGGAUGUUGUGGCUGGAUUAAAGGCUAAUGAAGCUAUUGCUUUGUGA